GAAACUUUCGACCGAAAAUAAUUAUAAAAUUCUAAAAAACUAAUAAUUGGAUGCAGUUUAGAGAACCUUUGUUCGCAUAUCAGCAUCUUUAAGAUUGUUUUGAGAGACAGAAAGGAUAAGAAGAAAGGAUAACUGAUGUGAAACGAUGAAGGCAGAAGUUAAACAGAAAUGAGCCAAAAAAUGAAGCAUGCGAUACACCAUAGAUCAAUGCUUUAAGUAUAUCACUGCAAGUAUAUUGAGUAUAGAAUAUAGAUAAAGAAGUUGUCCUCGGGACCUAGAGUGAAUUUAUUGAAUCAAAAGGAAUAUCAAUAAACAGCUGCUGAAUCAAGUUACUUUUUGUUCGAGACCUGUUCUUAAAUUGUCGCUGGAUCACUGAGUACCCGCGAAAACCACUUCUACCAAUAUGAAAUUAAUUUGCAUACACGUGCGAACGUUUGCAAGCUGUACAGCUACAGACAAUCUGGCUUGACUCUAGCUCAUGUCCUCAUCCAUCCAAAAUUGCCCCGGUAUAACCAGUUAAAAUGAAUAGAUGAUUAGUACGAGUAAGCAAUUUUAACAGGCGCGCAGCUAAAACAACAACUUCAGGACAAUGAAUUAGCCGCAAAAAUGGAAAAUUUUGAUGGGCAAUGUGACUGACAGCAGUUUUGAAAGAAAAGUAGUCGUAAAAAGUACAGGUGCCCGUAGAUUGACAGACAAAAGUUCAAAAUAAGAAGUUUGAAAAAAUCACCAAAGUAAAAGACGCUUUGAUACAUUGGCACCGACACUUUUGAAAGAAAAUCAGAGGAAAUUGACUGCGACAUCAUCUACAGUCUUAGGCCAGAGAAGCAAAUGAAGAGCAGAUCUGUGCAUAAAAGGUUUUGGAAUUUCAACAUAUCAAAUUGAUUUUUACCAUCAGUAAAAUACAAUCAGAGCAAAUUGCUCAAGAUGAACGUUGCAGUUCCAUUUAAUUAGGAGAUAAGCUUCUUCGCAAUCAAAACACUCAGAUGGAGCGGUUCAAGAUCUACAGAGUUCUAGCUAUUGCUCUGCUUAUAAUUACGCUUAUCCUGAUGUUCAUUUAUGAAAAUGUUAUCAACACUUCCAAACAUGCGAAUAUUUACUUUUUGCGCCAAACAGUAACGAAAUCGCACGUCAAAUCUAAAAUGUUUGCCUAUCCCAAAGCAUUGAUCACAGUUGAUUCGCAGCAAAGUGAACAAAAGCUGCCAAUGGCAAGAUUUUCAAAGCCAAAAGUUUUGCUUACAAGAGGCACGAAUUUUGAACGACGACCGAAGAAUAUCACAACCAACAUCCAAAGGCUGGCGAAAAAAAUAGACAGAAAAGCACAAAGUUGGAAAAAGACAAAGAUCGCAGCAUUUAAGGAUCAUGCUGGGAAAAGGAAUGUUAAAAGUCAGACAUACACAGCAAAAAAACACGAGCAAAAAGUCUGCAAUACAUGGAAAUACGACACACAAGACUGGACAUUCAUUUACAAUGGAAGUAAAAAUGAGUACGAAAAUGUCCAUUGUCCGAUGCCCUCAACGAAGCGAAAAGUAAAACGUAUAACUUUCAGAGAUGGUGAGAUCCUAAACAUUGGAUGUAAUAACAAAACCGAUGCAUGCAAAGAAGGGCCAUUUUAUGAUUUCAAAAUGGAAAAGAGAAUCAACACUCCGCCUUGCUGCCGUUCCCAUGUUCUAAACAUGUUCAUGCGUGUUACUGAGGAAUUACAAAACUUGAAUAUCAGUCAUUGCAUGAUAUCAGGAGGAGUUAUUGGUUGGGUGCGCAACCGGAAAAUGGUCCCUUAUGAUCGUGACCUUGAUCUAAUCAUCGAUGUAAAUUUCUGGAACUCUACGCAGUUUUGGUUGAUUUUUAAGAGGCUGCAUAACAAAUAUGGCUAUGUACCAGAUCUUGUUGAAAGCUUUAAACUGAAAUUAUACUUAAGUACAAAAAAUAAAAACAACAUUGACAUCUGGGCAUAUUGGCUUUCAGAUGGUGAGCUUAGCAUUGCAUACAACAGAUUCAAGGAGCAGGAUACUGCAACAAUGUUGCCAUUUCAGAAUGCUCCUUUUGAGUGGUUUUAUACAUAUUUACCAGCAAAUCCAAUAAAAUAUCUUAGCAAACAGUAUGGGAGAGAGGUUUGGAGGCCUGAAAAACAAUGCAUGGUUAGGAAUGAAGAAGGUGACUGCUGGUGAUAAACUGACAUUAUUUUAGAAGAAUCAGAGAAUUAGUGAUAGUUGAUUGUGACCUGAUAAUAUUUUUAGUAGCAAACAUGCAUGUUUCAAGAAAGUAGCUGAACUGAAAGGAAAAAGAUUGUUAAAAUAAAUCUUAAAAUAUACAGAUGGACAAAGGUUCUAAACAACUAAAUAUUCUAACAUGGAUUAAGAAAUUUCUAAGUCAACAUUUUGGACAAUCAAAAAAGGAUCUCGCAUUUCAUAUGCAUCAAAAAUUAACUGCAAUAUCAAGACCUCCUUUUUAAAAUAUGGCACACUCAGAGCAUAUGCUUAAAGUGUGUGAGCCAGUUUUUUUGGAUUAAAAAUAUCUUGAUUUAACUUCUUCGACUAAACAAACUUUCAACUCUGGAUAUCAAAUUAAAAAACUUUCAGGUUUGAAAUUGAUCAUACCUUUAGCAAAAGGUAAACAAUGUGGAAGUUUUAAUUUUUUCAAAAACUGGUAUGAGAUGGCGCACUCAGCCACCUGAUCACUGCAACCCAUGUGUUUAUUUAUUUGAUAGAAAUGUUUUUGGGAACAUAUCUCAAAGAUAUAUCAAACUCAAAUUCAUAAUGUCUAAUUCAAGUGACAAUUCUCAACCAUUUCAAAUUUUUCUAGUUUGACUUUUCGAAUGGUUAUGACUGAUUAGCUGUUGGUUAUUUUCAGCAAAUUCCAAGACAUUUUCAGAUUGCAGUUUUGACCCCAACCCUGCCACACCCAUAUUCACCAAAUAUCUGUUAAAUUUUAAAUCCGAAUAACAAAAUAGGAAUACCCAAAGGUUUGGACUCUACAGAAUACACAUUGUUUAAAACCCAAAUAAAGUAAAGAUACAUACUUAUGAU